GUCUACUUGGCGAGUUUCGGGUUUCCUCGUAAUUCCAUUGUUUUGGUCUUUCUUUUGCUUCUGCAGGUAUUAUGGAGGCUGUGGAAGCUGAACUCCGAAGAAGGGUAGCUAAUUCUUGCUCCUCCGCCUUUUGCUGCUGCAGGUAUUAUGGAGGCUGUGGAAGCUGAACUCGACCUUGUUGUUUGAACGUCGCAGAAGGAAUUCCUCAUAAUGGCAUUGUAAGUGCAUUUGGUGCCUUUGCUGGCAGUCUUUGUGAAGCUGAUGGAGUUGUUUUCUGAUCUUCUUGAGUUUUCUGGGUGUUUGCUUAUUCUCUGUCACUACUCGAGUAAUGUGUAACCUGUUAUCUGGCUUCUUAAAGCACAAGAAAAGCACCAGCCGUCUCAGUUUUCCCUUUUACAAGCUGACUGGCGAAGCUGAGGAAUUCGAUCUUGUAAUCUAAAAUCGUCUGGUGAUUUAGAUGCGGUCUGAACUAGAGCAUUUUCUGAUUUCAUGUUCAUGGUUUGUUAUUUGAGAAUGUAUUUUGCUGGAUGUGGUGCCUGUUUACUGCAAUUUCCGCAUAUGGAUGGGAAAAACGGAUUGGAUUAACUAUAGUUUUCGCUUUAAUCAUGCAGGUGAUUCUGAGUUCAUCAAGUUUCUUGUUAGUCAAAGUUUCAGUUGUUUUUGUGGGCCUUGUUAGCCCAUGUGUGACAUAUAAAAGUAAAAAAGCCCACUUAUUUGGCCCAUAGUACAGUGUGCACACGUGUCUUGUGCCAGUGGCCAACGCGUGUGAAAUUAGUCGCGUCGCGGGUGCUUUCUCGCAAGUCGCAACCCAUCCCGCUCCCACUCUCCCCGAUGAAUCAAAGAGCUUAUAUUUCUGCCGAAAGCGGAAAAUCAGCAAACCUUAAUCGCUCCAGAUUUCCACUCCAAAUGCGAACCCUAAAAUUUUGGCGCCAAUUUUUUCAAAACCUCGCAAAAUCAAAAUCGAUUCGACUUCUUUCUUCCGCAACAUUCACACUAGUUUCUUCUCCAUCUCUGACUUCUGGUACCCUGUGAACAAGCGCUAUUUCCACCAGGGGGGAAAUGGAAGCGGCUGGGGGGCCGGAUGGUGCGGGGAAUCAACCCAGUCUACAAUGCUGGCUCAAGGAGCCAGCUGCCCCUGUGCUCCCGGGGUGGGGCAGGAAGGCUAGGAAGCCAGCGAAGGCUUUGAACGAAGCUGGCAAGCGGGGAGAAGCCAAGACGGCGGCUGAGAGUGACGACGUCCGUGUGCCCAAGAAGCGCGGUAGGAAGCCGAAGAAGCGUUUCGAUGGUUUGAUUGAAGUUGGCCGGCAGGUGGAAGCCGAGACGGCAGCUGAGAGUGGCGACGUCCCUGUGCCCAAGAAGCGCGGCAGGAAGCCGAAGAGGCAGUUUGAGGGUUUGGAUGAAUCUGGCAAGCAUGGGGAAGCCGAGGAGGCGGUUGAAAAUAGCGAUGUGCUUGUGCUGAAGAGGCGCGGUAGGAAGCCGGGGAAUCAGGUGGAGGCUUUGAGUGAAGGCGGUGGGCUGGGUGCAGUCAAGGAGGCAGUUGAGAGUAGCGGCGUGAGUGUGCUCAAGAAGCGUGGUAGGAAACCCAAGAAUCGUGUGGAGGAUUCUAGGGAAGCUGGUGAUCAGGGAGAAGCCAAGGAGGCAGUUCAGAGUAGCGGCGUGAACGUUUCCAAGAAGCGUGGUAGGAAGCCCAAGAAUCAAUUGGAGGCUUUGAGCCAAGGGGGUGAGCAGGGAAAAGCUGAGGCGGUUAGGAAGCAAGCAAUUAGGGGCCGUGAGUAUAGCGAGGAGUUUGGUCCGAUUAAAAAAAGACUGAGGACUAUUGAACCGAAGAAAGUUAGCUUUUCUGAGAAUAAUGGACUAGGCGAUUGGGAAGAAGAGAUACCAGAGAAGACGAAAGGGAAGAAGCGAGGUAGAAGGAAGGAAAUGUAUUUCAGUGUUGGUUCUGAUUUGACUGUGGGAGGUGAACCACGAGUUGGGGAAAGAGAGUUAAAGAAGCGUGGUAGGAAGAAGGGUGGUCUUAUAAGAGAUGCUGGUUCUUUUACUACCGUGUUGCAGGGUAGAACUUGCAGAUCUGGUCAUGGUGCACACCCCAAUCCCGAGGAGGCUAAAGAGAAGUGGCGAUUUAAUUGUCAUCAAUGCAAAAGGAACGAUAAAGGCCCAGUUAUUUGUUGUCAGCUAUGUAAAACAAAGCGAUAUUGUUACAAAUGCAUAGAGGCCUGGUAUCCAGAGAGGUCAAAGAAUGACAUUGCCAAAGCAUGCCCAGCAUGCUGCAACAAUUGCAAUUGCAAAUCAUGCUUGCGCCUAGAUUUUAAAAUCAAGGAACUGAAUAAUCAAAGGUUGGAUCUCACUAAGGAGAAGGAAAUAGAAUGUUCAAAGUAUAUGAUCCGGUUGCUUUUGCCACACUUGAAGCAGUUAGAUGAAGAGCAAAUGACAGAGAGAAAGAUUGAGGCAGGGAUACAAGGGAUAUCACUUGAAGAGUUGGUGGUACCAGAAGCAAACUGUCCACUAGAUGAGCGAAUGUUCUGUGACAAUUGCAAGACUUCUAUUUUCGAUUAUCACAGGAGUUGUUCUAACUGCUCGUCUGAUCUCUGCCUUAUUUGCUGCCGGGAGAUCCGUCAUGGAUGCCCGCAUGAUGGCAGAUCAGAGGUUGCUGUGGAAUUUAUAAACAGAGGGUUCUCUUAUUUACAUGGUGGAGAGAGUGAAAAAGUUGUUCCUCCUCUAAAUGACAUAACUGUUGCAAGUAGCUCCGAGGACCAUGUGAAAUCAUGCUAUGGGUGGACUGCAAAUAAAGAUGGAAGUGUUCUUUGUGGCUGUGGUAGUGCGACUCUAGAAUUGAAAUCAGUUCAUUCAGGAAGUUGGUUGUCAGCUUUGGUGAAGAGGGCAGAGGAUACUGCCCAGAGAUUUAAUUUGGAAUUAUCUAGACCUCAUGCUGAACAAUGUGUGUGCUCCAGCGAGACAAGUGACAAGGAAAGAAGUGACCAUGAUGAGUUGUUAAAAGCUGCAUGUCGUGCUGCUUCUGAUGACAAUUAUUUGUUCUAUCCAAGGGCUACAGAUAUUAAGGAGGAGGAUAUAAAGCACUUUCAGUAUCACUGGUUGAAAUCUCAGCCUGUCCUUGUAAAAAAUGUGCUUGAAACUGGUUUUGGUUUAAGCUGGGAGCCAAUGGUUAUGUGGCGUGCCUUUCGUCAAGUCACCAAAUACAGAGAUCAUGAAGCCCUUGUCAAUUUGAAGGCCAUUGAAUGCUUGGACUGGUGUGAGGUGGAAAUUAAUGCUCAUCAGUUCUUCAGGGGAUACUCAAAAGGCCGGCAAGAUGGGGAAGGAUGGCCACAGAUAUUGAAGCUGAAAGAUUGGCCUCCAUCUAAAAUGUUUGAUGAAAAUUUGCCCCGGCAUGGUCUGGAAUUUAUUUGUUGUCUUCCCUUUAAGGAGUAUACUCAUCCUAUUGAUGGACCUUUGAACCUUUCUACCAAAAUGCCUAAAGAAUGUCUGAAGCCAGAUUUGGGGCCUAAGUCAUAUAUAGCUUAUGGAUUUGCUGAGGAGCUGGGCCGUGGUGAUUCUGUCACCAAGCUUCAUUGUGACAUGUCGGAUGCGGUGAAUAUCUUGACUCAUACUACUGAAGCAACUUAUGAAGACACAGAUAUACUUGCUAAAAUAGAGGGUCUGAAGCAAAUGCAUAACGAGCAAGAUAAGAAUGAACUAUUUGGGGACAAUCAAGCUGUAAGUGAGCCCGAGAAAAGCAUGCAUAAAAUGGAGAGCCAAGGCUCGCCUGCAGAUGAUGAAGAUGACAAGGACGUGGCUUGCGGACGGGAAGGUCCUUGGCCGAAGUUGUCUGCCUGUGUAGAAGGAUCAGAGCUGAAAAAUAGCGAUGGGGAUGUUCUGGUUAGAAGCAUUGAAAUUGGUAUGGAUCUUAAUCAUAUAGGCGAAACAGAAAAUGAAGACGGUCAACUAAUUGUCACUGAUCUUUCAAAGGAAUCAAAGUUGGAAAAAAACAGUGAAGAAAUGGCCCAAGAUGGAGACGGUCAACUAAUUGUCACUGAUCUUCCAAAGGAAUCAAAGUUGGAAAAAAUCAGUGAAGAAAUGGCCCAAGAUGGAGGUAAGGAUAAUGGUACAUCCAAGAGUAGUGUAGAGGAGGGAGCUGCACUGUGGGAUAUUUUUCGUAGUGAAGAUGUUCCUAAGCUGGAGGAUUAUCUUAAAAGGCACUUCAAAGAGUUUCGGCACAUACAUUGUUGUCCAUUGCCCAAAGUUAUCCACCCAAUUCACGAUCAGAGCUUUUAUCUGUCCACAGAGCAUAAAAAGAAGCUGAAGGAGGAAUAUGGCAUUGAACCUUGGACAUUCGUUCAGAAACUUGGAGAUGCUGUGUUUGUUCCUGCCGGCUGUCCUCACCAAGUGAGGAACUUAAAGUCGUGCAUAAAGGUAGCCGUGGACUUUGUUUCACCAGAGAACGUGGGUCAAUGCAUUCGUUUGACAGAAGAGUUUCGCCUACUUCCUCCUAACCACAGGGCUAAGGAGGACAAGUUGGAGGUGAAGAAGAUGUGUGUUUAUGCCAUGGACCGGGCUGUGAAAGCUCUGGAGCAGAGUGAGAAGUUAGACGUUGAAGAGAAGGAAGCUGUGGCAGACACAAAGGGGAGGGGGAGGGGUAGACCAAGAGGACGAGGCAGAAAGUCGAAGUAGGACAUGCUCGGUGAUCGGCAUGUGGUGUAAAAUGAAGUUCCAAGUAACCGACUGUUGUUGUGACAUUACCUAGGACUGAUAGGGUCGUUUAGGUACAAGGUUUCUCCAAGGAACCUUUGAAAGCAUGCCUAUGGAAGGCAUGCCACUUCCCUAGGCCAGGUGCUGCAAUCUAGUUUGUAUCACAUCUAGGUGUUAAUUAUGAUCCUCAGUAGUCGCCUUGCUUAUGGCUGGGGAAAGGGGUUGGUAAAAAUGGUUGUAAAAAAUUGAACAAGAGCAGCGAUUACUGUGGUGAUCCGGUUGUUAUUGUCUUGGUUUUGCGUUUGUUUGUGGGUUGAAAUUAGUUACCAAGAAUAGCAAUUGCGUGAAUGGAUUAUAUUUUAUGGUGAAAAGACAAAGAAGAGAAGACUGAGGGGAAAGAAAGGCAUGUGAAUGAGGGUGAUUGGUGAAGUGGACAUGAAACCAACUAUAACCAGUCUCUGGUCUGUAUUAUUAGUGGCAGAAUGUAAGGUUAGCAUUUCUCGUAAUUAACAUUUUCCCUCCAUGAUAUUGGUCAAGUGGGAUGGUGUGUAAAGGAAUAAUGAUGAUCCAUGAUUUGAAUGCAGAUUGCAUAGGGUAGAAAAUAUGAGGACCAAGCAAUCAUAGCAGCUCCUUUCAAAACCCUAGCUAGAAUGGGACAGCAAGUCAGGCAUUUAUAGCAGCAGGCUGUGGCCACCUUCCUAUGUUUGGAAACUUGGAAAUGGACUGUCAUGUGUGCUUUCUGACUAUUGGUUGCCACACAAUCUGGUAAAACAGGUUUUGUUCUGUAACAACAAUAAUAAUAUGCACACUCUUCAAUUUACCUACCCUCUUUAUUUUCUACAUCUCCACUUGUGUCUAGCUGAAAAUGGAGGGAGGAAGUAACAUAGUAGGGUUUAUAAUGGAUAAUGAAGAAAUCAGACUCAU